AAAGGAUUAUACAUUUUCCUAUUCUACAAUAGCAUUGCUUUGCAAGAAAAGCAUUUCACAUUGGAUUGAACUAUAUUUAACGAUAGAAAAAUACCAUUACCAUCAAUCGAUAAAAAAGCGAUAAUUUCAUUUUUUAUUACAACUCAUAAAAUGGUUUUGCUCUGGUUUUCGCGGAUAUAUCUAAUUACAAUAAUAAUACAAAAAACACAUGGAUACGUAUUAUUCGCGGCAAAUCUUGAUGAUUUUCGGAGUAUAGCAAAGAAAUUUAUACCUGAGAAGUUAGCGGACCAAUUGGCAGAAAUGGCGUCGGAAUCUUCUAUGAAAUACCAUAAAAAAGCUGAAGAAAAAGAUGCAGAAUAUGAAACUAUUGAGAGUGAGGGAGACGGCGUUACAAAACCUUAUACACAUAGAGAGAUAGCGAAGAGUACUGCGAAGAAAAGAUAUGUUGUAAAAAAUCCAAUACCUGAAGUCAAUAUAGAUGAACUUGUGGAAAGAGUUAGGGAAAGAUUGUUCAAAAGGAAACAAAAAGUACAGAAAACUAUAAAUAAUCAAAAAGCGAAAAAUAUAAAUAGGAAUGUAGAAAAUAGGAUGAAGUCAGCAAAACAUUCCUAUAAUGUAGAGAACAAAAUGAAAUCUCCAACUUAUGACGCAGAGUAUGUUGAUUACGAUCAGAAUUACGAAGAAGAAAAUACAGAGAAAUAUCAGAAACCAGAUUAUAGAAAUUUUGAAAAAGAAGAGGUAGUUCAGGAACCAAAAUAUAUAACUACUAAGCGUCAAAAACCACGAAGUAAACCCAAAAUUAAUAAGGAAACGAAGAUUUAUAAAGGGGAUUAUGAAGAAAGUGUUAAAGAUCCAACUCCAAACCAAUAUGGCAACGAAAAAAUAUUCCAAGAAGUCGAUUUACGUAACACAAACGAUAGUUAUGAAGAUUAUGUCACUCCAGACAAAGAAGAUAUCUUCGAAAGCGAAGAAACUACAACAAAACAAAAAGCCUUCCGGCAAACUAUAAAAAAAUAUACAGAGCGAAGUCAUCCGAAAGAUUACGAAGAUGUUAAAGCAAGGACCGAAAGUCUUUUGUACGAUGAAAAAGAAGUUCGCGUCAAUCGAACGAUAGAUGGCUCUUUACGAAAUGCGAAAACUAAAAAAGGCAAAGGCACUAUGAUACCCACAAGACAUUAUUAUAAAAUGAGCUCGCCUGAUUAUUAUAAGAAGUUACCAGUCAUAGCUGAGAAGUAUAAUUUCGAUGAACCGAUACCUGAGAAAGACAGAGAACCUGAGAAUUUAAAGCCUAUAGGUAAUCCGCCGGCUAAAAUUAAUAAAAAAGUUAGAUUAUAAGUAGAAUAAAUGUUUUUUGUGCAUAUAAAGUUAAUUGAAAGCUU